GCGCUGGAGGCGGCCCCGUUCUCUCAGGUCUCGCGCGAGCGCCGCUCUCGUAUAAUCUCGCGGGAGUGCGCUGGCCCCGCCCUUUCCGCGGCGCGGGCCGGACCAUGGCGGUGGGGAAGAACAAGCGCCUCACCAAGGGCGGCAAGAAGGGCGCCAAGAAGAAAGUGGUCGACCCUUUCUCCAAGAAGGACUGGUACGAUGUCAAAGCACCGGCGAUGUUCAAUAUCCGGAACAUCGGGAAGACGCUUGUCACCAGGACUCAAGGAACUAAAAUUGCCUCUGAUGGGCUGAAGGGCCGCGUGUUUGAGGUGAGCCUGGCUGAUCUGCAGAAUGAUGAGGUUGCCUUCCGCAAAUUUAAACUGAUCACUGAGGACGUUCAGGGCAAAAAUUGUCUGACCAACUUCCAUGGGAUGGACCUCACAAGGGACAAAAUGUGCUCCAUGGUCAAAAAAUGGCAGACAAUGAUUGAAGCCCACGUGGAUGUCAAAACUACGGAUGGGUACCUGCUGCGCCUCUUCUGCGUGGGCUUCACCAAGAAGCGCAAUAACCAAAUCCGCAAGACCUCCUAUGCCCAGCACCAGCAGGUCCGGCAGAUCCGCAAGAAAAUGAUGGAGAUCAUGACCCGGGAGGUGCAGACCAAUGACCUGAAGGAAGUUGUCAAUAAGCUGAUCCCAGACAGCAUUGGCAAGGACAUCGAGAAGGCCUGUCAGUCCAUUUACCCUCUGCACGAUGUCUAUGUCCGCAAGGUGAAGAUGCUCAAGAAGCCCAAGUUUGAAUUGGGCAAGCUGAUGGAGCUGCAUGGUGAAGGUGGUGGUGCUGGAAAGCCCUCUGGGGAUGAGGCAGGCACCAAGGUUGAGCGAGCUGAUGGAUAUGAGCCGCCCGUGCAAGAGUCUGUGUGAAACUAAAAAUUGGUGGAAAAUAAAAGGUUUUAAUAUACAGAA